AUGGCUUUCCUGGAGGACAGAAACCACACUGCAGUGACAGAGUUCAUUUUAUUGGGCUUGACAGAUGACCCAGUUCUCAGAGUCGUCCUCUUCACCAUCAUCCUGUGCAUCUACCUGGUGACUGUGUCUGGGAACCUUAGCACUAUCCUUCUCAUCAUAGUUUCUUCCCAGCUUCAUCACCCCAUGUACUUUUUUCUGAGUCACUUAGCUUCUGUUGACAUAGGCAUCUCAUCUUCUUCCACACCCAAUAUGCUUGUCAGCUUUCUGGUGGAGAGAAAUACCAUCUCCUACCUUGGAUGUGGCAUCCAGCUCAGCUCAGCUGCUUUCUUUGGAUCAACUGAGUUCUUCAUUCUGGCUGCAAUGGCUUAUGAUCGUUUUGUGGCAAUCUGCAACCCACUGCUUUAUUCCAUGAAGAUGUCCUCACAAGUCUGUUUGCAGUUACUUAUAGGAUGUUAUAUUGGUGGUUUUCUUAAUGCUUCUUCCUUCAUCAUUUCCUUCUUUUAUUUUUCCUUCUGUGGACCAAAUAGAAUCAAUCACUUUUUCUGUGAUUUUACUCCUUUAGUUGAACUUUCCUGUUCUGAUAAUAGCAUCCUGGUAGUUCUUGAUUCAUUAUGUGCUGGCUCCAUGAUUGUGAUCACAGUGUUUGUCAUUGUUGUUUCUUACACCUACAUCCUCAUCACCAUCCUUAAGAUGAGCUCCACUGAGGGCCGCCAGAAGGCCUUUUCUACCUGCACCUCCCACCUCACUGCAGUCACUCUCUACUAUGGCACCAUUACAUUCAUUUAUGUGAUGCCCAAUUCCAGCUACUCCACAGACCAGAACAAGGUGGUGUCUCUGUUCUACAUGGCGGUGAUCCCCAUGUUGAACCCUCUCAUUUACAGCCUCAGGAAUAAUGAGAUUAAGGGUGCUCUGAAGAGACAGCUUAGUAAGAAAACAUUUUCUUGA